AUGGGAGCUCAAGUGGUUGAUUAUAGAGUAUCUACGCUUGUCGUAUUAUGUAAAGACUGUGGAAACGAUGUCGGACUCUAUCCUGCUCGUCACAAGUGUACACCUGUGGAUAGACCACCUAUGCCUCCAUUGCAAUAUAAUGCUGGAAAUACCAGUUCACCCUUGUCUUCUUCUACUACUACUACAGAGUCUUCUUCUUCACCAGCAGUAACCAGAUGGACAUCUCGAAGAGGAAAACAACCCAUGACUGAAUCAAGUGAAAACUCAGAAGAGUCUAUCUAUUUUAACAACUUUGCACAAAAUCUACCUGAAGAUGGAUCAUCAUCAUCAAGCACUGGAAAAAAGCUCUGGGGAAAAGUUCGUCAGAACGACAAAUGGAAACAGCUAAACGAAAAAAAUGAUAAAUCAAAACAGACAGGCAAGCUCUGGGGUAAGCUAAUACAGGCAACACAGACAAUGGCAGACAAGAUCCCUAGUAGAGAUGAACGAGGGGCUGAAUCGGAUGAGGAUGACUGGGAAGGAGAAACCCAUGUGUCAAGGAUCCUUAGAGAAUACUAUGAAAAGAAUAGGUUGCCAUUACCAAGUUGGCUAUUUGAUGAUCGGGCUCCAAGACAAAGAAUAACAAAGUCACCUGAAGCGCCAGAGGUUGCGCCCUCUGCCGGACCAGCCAGAACGCCUUCUCGCAGGAGGCUGUGGGAGGACAAUGGAAGGGAACUUUCAAGUCGAGAGCGUGAACGUCAGGAACUUCGACAACAGCAACCACCACCUUUGCCCGAGAGCGGCGGAAAUCUCAAUUCGUACCGCACUCCAUCAUUAAGAGACAAGCACUACGAUCGUCGCCAGUAUGAAUCAAAGGAUGCCUAUGAUGAUUACUACCAUAGAGAUUAUCAUCGUGAAGAUCGAAGAGGUUACGAUGAUCACUACCGUGACGACAACAGAGACAACGGAGACAUGUCCCCUCAGCGUCAUUAUGAUCAUGCCUAUCAACGGCCACAAUCUCCUCCUAGGCAGCCUAGAUACUAUGAAGACGAUCAUAGACCGGAAAGGCCUAUAAGAAACUAUGAUAGGGCGAACAAUAGAUACAAUCAUCCUACCGAGGACUACUAUUAUUCCUCUUCCUCCUCUUCAAAUAAGCAUCCUGCAAGUCUGAGAGAGCAAGGGCGCAUUGCAGCUGAUGCUGGCAGAGGAGGGUAUAGGCGCGAAAGUGACCGCCACAAUAAUUAUUACUUUUAG